CACCGGAUGAUUGACCCUUCCUGUUUAUCCAAAAAUUUCUUCAUGCCAUUCUCUACCGCGGCAUCGUCCACUGUCGCUCUCGAGCACCAACACAUCCAAUUAUUUCCCACUUCCCCCACCAACUCUCAAACUUUUUCAGAUGUGCGUGACUCGGAGGAGGCUGCCCAGAGCAUCGCACUCCGCAUGAUCACCAAUGCGUGCACAGUGGACGGUGUCCGCAUCGGUAUCCACUAUUCGAAGGAAGACGACAGUGACUGUUUUCGACUUGUCGCUUCCCAUAUAUCCACCUGCCUACCUUUGUCCCCAUAUCUCUUUAUCAUAGCAACCACCAGUGUGUCGCCAACAAUUGCUGGUAGUGAUGCCUGUAUUUCAGACGCACUCGUCAUCUGCGGGUCAGAUGAGGAUGACAUGCAGCGGGCUGUGCUUCUCGCGUCUUCCAAAUUUCCGGGACGAGUAGAUGCAGUCAACAAAAAGGGCACUCUCAUUGCUCAGGCUGCAUCUAUACGGCAAAUUGGCUCCUCGACAUACCACGAAGCUGCCUUGUGGGACAUAUUGUUCAACUCCGUGCACACCCACAAUCCUCAUUCUCCUCCCCCUGGAUCUCGCAGCAUCGACCAAAUUCUCUCCGACGCCCGGGCGAAGCUCGAGCGAAUGACGCCCCAACAAGCUUACGACGCACUUCACGAUCCCACAUACCCGGUGCCCGUUUUUCUCGUGGAUAUCCGCCCUGCUGCAGAACGCGAUCGUGAAGGCGAGAUACACGGAUCUCUCAUCGUCGAACGAAACGUUCUGGAGUGGCGUUUUGACCCACGCUGCGAAGCGCGAUUAACAAUUGCAGAUCGCUAUGAUUCGAAGAUUAUAUUGUUUUGUCGUGAAGGAUACACCAGCUCAUUGGCUGCGGCGUCCCUGCAUGAGCUUGGGUUGUUGAAUACGACCGAUAUAGUGGGCGGUUAUGAUGCGUGGAUCGUGGCUGGUCUUCCAUGUCAAUAGGGCAAUUGAUGAGGAAAGCUAUCAAGUCAGUCGGCCAUCGUUUGAGUCUAGUGAUGUAAUUGAUGGGACAUGCCUAGAUUCAAUCAACAGAGGAAUUUUAUGAAUUGUAACCAACAGAGAUGACACCGCAGAUGUGGCAGCCAAUACUUUCGGGUAUGGGGUGGCACGGGGAUCUGUGCAUGACCAAUAUCAUUGCUUGGCGAACUUGAAAUAGCAAGCUUGAGAAUGUUUUUAUUGUAACUUUUAUUGU